ACCCUCAGUGUGUGCUGGAGGAAGGUGCAGGGGAAUGAAUGAGCUGUUAUGGCACGCAAGCCAAUGCAAUAUCUGUUUUCCUUCCAUGUACUUCAGGUGAAAGAGGAAUUCUUGGAGAGUGCCCCGAAGCCGGAGGCUGUUCAGAUGCCAGCUCCCACCCUCCAGCCUGCUCAGCCCCGUGAGUAACCUGAACUGGGAGCCUGCUGUUACUUUAAAUAAGAGCUCUCAUUGACUCGUGCUGUGAGGUGAGAAAUCCUCCUGGAAGAGGCCAGCGGUGACACUCGGAGCCUGUUGGUGUUGCUGGGUGUUUUGAGAACACAAAACAGCAGAAGCAAACCCCCUCCCAGAGCCUUCAGGCUCCAGUUCCGUAGUGGAGAAGGUACCAAAGCCCUGGUAGUAAGAAGAGCUUUUAUAGAUUGUAUCAUCUCUGAAAUCCAGCCCCUCGUAUCUACUCGCUGCUUCCUCCUCCCUCUGAGCUUCUGUGUUACUCAGUGGUCUUUCCUUCAUCUGGUUUUCUCUCUGCCUUGUGUACCCCGUCACAGCAGACGUGCUGCUGGAAGAGGAAUCUGGAGAAAGAUGCGCUAAAGUGUCAUACAUCAAAGCAGAAGAGCUUGGAUCCUGUCUCAGUGGCUGCUGUACCGCACGGUGCUGGGGAGGAGGAGGAUUGGAGUGAAUCUGCUGUAAUUCCCAGUUCCUGCAGCGUUCCUAGUUCCUGCUAGCUCCGUGUGCUUGGUGUCCUCCAUUCCUGGACUUUGCUUGAUGGGGAUCUCUGCUGCAGGAGCAGUCUCUGCACCUCAAGGCAGGCAAGCAGGGAUAGGGGAGGUCGCCUCUAGAUGCUGGAAAGGCCAUUUGUGUAAGCUCCUGGCAGAAGAUCUCCUCUGGAACAGCUGCUGGCUGUAGGCCCACCAAGCCAAGGGUCAGGAUAGCCUCUCUGCAGCAUGUCUUCCAAGCCAGAGCAGAAGGAGACCCACCAGGCCAACGGGGCUGUGCUGCCCAUCGUGCCCGUGGACUGUCUCGCCAGUCCGGACCGAGGGCAGCUGGUGGAGCCCUCGGAUUUCCUGGGGCCUGAUGGAGCUGGGGUGGAAGUGGUGGUGCUGGAGUCCCGUGCCAAUGCUAAAGGGGUGCGGGAAGAAGAUGCCCUGCUGGAGAACGGCAGCCAGAGCAAUGAAAGUGAUGACACCAGCACGGACCGAGGCCCUGAGCCAGCCUCUCCCCUCAAGGAGACCUCCUUUUCCAUCGGGCUGCAAGUCCUCUUUCCCUUCCUCCUGGCAGGCUUUGGGACAGUUGCUGCUGGAAUGGUGCUGGACAUUGUGCAGCACUGGGAUGUCUUCAAAUAUGUGACUGAGGUCUUUAUCUUAGUCCCUGCAUUGCUGGGCCUGAAGGGGAACUUGGAGAUGACUCUGGCAUCUCGCCUGUCCACAGCUGCUAAUAUUGGCCAAAUGGAUACACCCAAAGAGCUCUGGAAGAUGAUAACAGGGAACAUGGCUCUGAUACAGGUUCAGGCCACCGUGGUUGGCUUCCUGGCCUCCAUCGCAGCCGUGGUGUUCGGAUGGAUCCCAGAUGGGCACUUCAGCAUUGACCAUGCUGUCCUGCUGUGUGCCAGCAGUGUGGCUACUGCUUUCAUUGCUUCCCUUGUGCUGGGCAUGAUUAUGAUUGGGGUCAUCAUCGGAUCCAGGAAGAUGGGGAUCAAUCCUGAUAACGUCGCCACACCAAUUGCUGCCAGCCUGGGGGAUCUCAUCACCCUGGCUCUGCUUUCAGGGAUCAGCUGGGGCUUGUACAAAGAGCUGGAGAGCAAAGCCUACGUGAACCCUUUGGUAUGCGCCUUCUUCAUCGCCCUGCUGCCCAUCUGGAUCAUCAUUGCCAAGAAGAAUGCGGCCACCCGGGAGGUGCUGUACUCUGGCUGGGAGCCUGUCAUCAUUGCAAUGGCUAUCAGCAGUGUCGGGGGUUUAAUUCUGGACAGAACAGUCUCAGAUCCAAACUUCGCUGGGAUGGCCGUCUUCACACCGGUUAUCAACGGUGUUGGUGGCAACCUGGUGGCCGUGCAGGCGAGUCGCAUCUCUACGUACCUGCACAUGAGUGGGAUGCCUGGAGAGAGCCCCGACACAGCCCCUCGCAAGUGCCCCAGCCCCUGCAGCACGUUCUUCAGCUCAGAUGUGAAUUCCCGCUCUGCUCGUGUGCUCUUUCUUCUGGUGGUGCCUGGCCACUUGGUUUUCCUUUACACCAUCAGCUCCAUGCAAGGAGGACACACUACGCUCACCCUCAUUUUCAUCGUCUUCUACAUGACGGCUGCACUUCUCCAGGUUCUUAUUCUCCUAUACAUUGCUGACUGGAUGGUGCACUGGAUGUGGGGCAGGGACCUCGAUCCUGACAACUUCUCCAUCCCAUACUUGACAGCGCUGGGGGACCUGAUUGGAACAGGGCUCCUUGCUCUCAGCUUUCACAUCCUCUGGCUCAUUGGUGACCGGGACUCCGAUGUGGGAGACUAGUUCCCCCCUUCUCCCAGCUCUCCUCCUCCUCUCCUCUUGUUGUUGUCGUUCCUUUUCCUGCCCCCUCGCUCUUCUUUGCUUCUUCCCCCCGACCCUUGUCUCUCUUGAGACUUCAUCUUUGAUACUGGAUUCUCAUUAUUUUCAAUGGGAAUUUUAUGUGGUUUAUAUUUCAAGCCAAGUUUGUACAGAAAAUAAAUCUAGUUUUAGGAAGGACAAAAAAACCCCCAAGUGUAACGAGACAAUCACCAAGUGCAAUUUCAUCUUAGGUAUGUCUGAACCAAGGUUACAGGGAAGCUCCUGGUCAGUUGGGUCACGCAGGGAGCCCCCCCUGUCCUUGUCCCUGUCCCUGGAGGUGAAAAGCUGCUUCUUUCGCUUCAUAAGCGUGUUAAAUACUGGAGGGAAAGGAUUGAUGUUACUCAAGGCACCUUCUAGCAAAGCGCAAGCUCAUGGCUGAGGGCGUUGGGCAUCUCCUGUCACCUCUGCCCUGUCGCCCUCCUCCCUCGUGGUCACUCAAACGCCCCUCCUGUGCCUGGCACCCAAAGCACUCGAGUCUCUGGCAGAGGGAUUCAUGAGGAUGAUGAGGAAGGAUUGUCUGUGCCAGAAGCCCCAUCCCUGUGUGCCCGCAGGGGAGUGAGGGGGUUGGGGUUUGAGGACUGCAGAGCCUCCAGGCCUGGUCUCUGCUGGCAGACUCAGGCAGCAUCUCAAGCUGCAGACUCCUUGGGAGCUGGCUUCAGCUCCUGCUACGCUAAGUCUGCAGAGGCCGAGGGCUCUCCCCAUCCAUCCUUCCCCCCCCUGCCUGCCAGUGCCCCGCUGGAGCAGUUGUGGAUUGUGUCCCCCAGCUUCCCUUCGUGCUCCUGUGGGCACAGCACUGCAGCCUGUUCUGUGCAGUUGACUCUCCUGGAGGGGUGGAUGGAAAAACAGAUCCUAUUUUGUGUAUUAAGACUUUCUUUCAGUUGCUGAGUGCUGCUGAGGGGCCGCUGGAGCUGGGAAGAAGCCACCCAAGACCUCCCCUGGAGAUCCCUGGGAUUUCUGUGUGGUGGAGAACAGGUCAGCAGGCACAGUCAGGCACCCAAGCCCUGGUUCUUAGUGCAGCGCUCUCUGUGUGGGACUGUCCAGUACAGGGUUCCCUGCUCUGUUCUUCAGGAACACUGUCAGCACUCAGUGCUUUGUAGUUUGCCCAUUUGGGUAUAAAUCAAUUCAAGAAACUGAGCCCAGGUUCAUGUGAGGGGGGUUUAUCAACUGGAAACUUCACCAGGUUGAACUGAUGUGCUCAAGCAGGGCUAUGAAACAGGCUCCAGGGCAUGAAUAUAGCUUGAAUGUCCAUUUGCAUGUGGAUAAAGCUCUUCACAUCUGUCAGGGAUGGACAAAACACAGGAUAUCCCAUGGGAUACAACGUCAGUGCUGCACUGCCCGAAGCUUGGGAGCUGCCAGCAUCUUCCCAAGUGCUGGGGGAUGGCUGCAGCACUCGGUGGAGUAUCCCAGUGCAUCCCAGUCCUGGAAUGACAGCAAAGCUCUUGUCAUAGUUGGCUGUGCUGCAGCUCCGCUCCUGGCCUGGCCACUGCCCAUCCUUAUGUGCAGCUCCAGAAUGUAACUUGUGAGCUGUGGAUGUGUUCUCUGCUCCUCCCCUUGCUAUGAGCGUGUUCCUGACAGCAGGACACGACCAUCCGUGCUUGGCCUAAUCUCCCCCCUUAGGUUAACUUCUGUGUCUCUCACAUGAACCAGUGCUUGUCUUCUCCUUCAGGCUUUGUGUCCCACCAACACUGGGCAUCUCUGCUUGGCUGGGCAGUGGGGCCCUGCAGUGCUGGGAAUGCUGAUCUUCACCUGGAAUGAGGCCAGGUUGGGUUGGAGAGCUCUUUGGUACUCUGGAUAAUGCCACAACUACCUGAGCUCUCCAGAGCCCUGCCUAAGUGCAGGCAGCUUUGCUUGCUGGGUAAGGAGUGAUUUAAGAGCAGCUCCUGCACCCUUAGGGUCCAAGACCAGAGUUAGUCUGGGGUCAGGCACUGGUUUAGAUGGAGCUGAGGAACAAUUCCUUCCCCAAAGGGUGCUCAGGCAUUGGAACAGGCUGCCCAGGGCAGGGCUGGAGUCACCGUCCCUGCAAGUGUUCACACCCCGUGUAGCCGAGGCCUCAGUGCCAUGGGUUAGUGGUGGCCUUGGCAGUGCUGGGAACGGUUGGGCUUGAGGAGCUUAAAGCUCUUUUCCAAGCUGGUUGAUCCUGUGAUUGUCCCAGCCCAGGGCUGUGGCUGCAGAGCUGGGCCCUGCUCCAGAGAUGAGCACGUUGGAAAGGAAGGUCAGGAUUAGGGAGUGGGAAUCCAGUUCUGGAAAGCCACGGGAGCAGAUGUAUCCAAACCAAACACAACCCGGCUCCUGCCUGCUCCCCUCUGAAGCUGUAGGAGGAUCCUCUCCUGCUUCCCCUGGGUAGAACCGAGUGCUGCUGCUGCUGCUGCUGAAGCAGUUGGUGGUGUUCAGGAGGCAGAGAUGGGAUCCUCGGAAGAGCAGGUGAUAGAUCCUGGGGGUGCCUUUCCCCUUUCUCCCUUCCUCAUGGAACAUCAGGUUUGCUCUCCUGUUCCUCACGCUGGCAGCGUGUCAUGGCCAUAGCUCUGACCCUCGUGCUCUGCUGACGUGACUUCUCACAGCUCUCCUUUGGCCAAAGCUCUGUUCAAAACAGAAACCAAACCCACCCAACCCACCCUUCCCCCUGGAGUAGCUGCUGCUGCCCCACGUUCUCUGCCUAAUGUUGAGGAAUAGGGAUUUCUUCCAUGAACACCUUUCUGUGUAUAUAGACGAGAAACUCUCCUGGUCUUUUAGGUGUCACAUCACUAUUUAGCUCCCCAAGCAAAGCACCCACCACUUGUGGUCUCCUGCAGACGGAGGAGCCCCAGAGGUGGCUGAAAGCGUUGCUGGUGAGGUCCAGGGUGUGUGUGGGGGGAACAGGUCAGAGCAGAACGUGAUUUAAAGCUGCAGAUUGAUGGUCAAAGCCCUUUCCCCGCAGUUGCACUCGUGCAUGCCUGCUCCCCAGCCCUGUGCUGGAAAUACUGGUUUACUCUUUCUAUUCAAGGAAAAAAGACUCUUUAAUUAUUUAUAGCUCCUCUACCAGAUGUCAACUUCACGGAUAAAUUAUAUUUGGUUAAAUAAAGAUGACAUUUAUUUA